UAAUGACCAGAUGAUAUUACACAUGAAGAGAACAGUACCUCAUGUGGCAGGAAAUUUUCACACAUUGGUAUAUAUACGAGUAUCUUUAAACCCAGAAAUUGCUUUAUGCGCGAAGAAGGCAUUCGAGCUCCUCAGAAGACUGCAUAGAAGGAAUCAACAAAAUGAAGAAACGGAAAAACAUGAAUCUGAUAGUGAUGGAAGACGAAAAAGAGACUUCCUACAUCUGUCAUUGUGUAAACCAAUAUAUCUAAAAAGACAAUUCAUAAGACCAUUCAAAGAUAGACUGGAAGAAACAUUGAAACGAAUUAAACCGUUCUAUCUAAUACUAGAUAAGAAUAUAGCCAUAUGUGCAAAUGAAGAGCGAAAUAACUUCUUCGCAGUGCUACCAGUAGAAACACAAUGUAACGCGCGAUCAAUAUCGCCACUUAUAGAUCUAGUUGACGAUAUAGCACAAAUAUUCGGAUAUCAAAAGUACUACGAACAGAGGAAACCUCACGUGUCACUAGCUGUUACAGGAAAUCUAACCAGUGUUAUGACAGAGCUCUACAAAAAUGAACCACUAGAUGGGCAGUUGUAUUCGUCACAUCACUGGAUGCAAGUGGAACGCUACCUAGGCAAAGAAGAGGAACUGGAAUGUGAUACCAGUGAUAUCGCACAAGAAACGUUAAAACAAAACGGAAAUGUAGAGUUCAUCAUUAAUGAAGAUAUGAUCAUGCCGUACCUCAAUGAAGGUAGUUCACAGGAUGCAGAACCUAUAUGCAUCUACGUAAAGGAGAUAUAUAUACUAGUAGGAUCGCAAGAAACGGCCAUAGAGUUGGGUAGUACUUGAGGU